CACACAAUCUUCGUUAACCUUUCGAAGUGGACAAGUUAACUCAUUACCCAAAGACAUGGCUAAGUCGUCGCUGUACCAACCAUUCUUUGUUGCCCUGGUCUCACUUUGUAUUUUGUUCGGGACUUCGACUGUCGAUAGCAAAAGUGUUCUUCGAAGAAGGAAAAUCAAGGAAAUCCCAGAUGCGCAAAAGAAUGUUUCGCAGCUGAUAUGGGAGCAAGGCUACUCAGUUCAGGAACAUUACGUUCAAACGCGAGAUGGCUUUAUCCUCAACAUGCAGCGAAUACCAGACGGACGUACAGGCAAAUUGUCUUUGUCACAGACAUCCCAGAAAAGUCCACAGGGUACCCAGAACACACCACAGGAAUCCCAUGGCAAACCUGUGGUAUUUUUACAGCAUGGUAUACUUGCAGAUGCUACAAAUUGGGUGAUGGAUUCUGCAUCUCACAGCCUGGGGUACAUUCUUGCGGAUAGCGGGUUCGAUGUUUGGCUUGGAAAUGUGAGAGGGAAUGAUUACUCAAGGAGAAAUGUACAUUACCAACCAAGUGUUGAGGAAUUCUGGGAUUGGAGUUAUCAAGAAAUGGCUGAUAUAGACCUACCCGUGAUGAUCGACUAUGUGCUACAGACAACAGGACAGUCCCAACUUUUCUACAUCGGUCACUCCCAGGGAACUCUGAUGGGUUUUACAGGUUUUUCUGAUAACACCACUUUGGCCAAACAAAUAAAACUGUUCAUCGCCCUGGCUCCAGUGUACACACUCAAGAACUGCACGGCGCUCGCCCGCGAUGCCAACGACAUCAUCUACCCUUUACUUGAGAAGUAUUUUUCUAACUACACGUUCGAGUUCUUCGCUGGAGAUUUCGUCCGUUGGUUGACGGAGAUAGGAUUAUGCGGGAAAUGGACAGAAAAGUUGUGUUACGAUUUGAUGGAAACUGUCGUCGGCUUCGACAGCCCUAACAUCAAUGAGACACGGGUCCCGGUGUACGUCUCUCACUUUUUUGAAGGCACAUCAUUCAAGGACAUUGUUCAUUUUAGCCAGAUGAUGUACCAAAACAGGUGCCAGAAAUUUGAUUAUGGUGAAGCUGGCAACAUGAAACGUUACAACAAGACAACGCCUCCCCUCUGUCAUGUGCAAGAUAUGCCCACACCCACCGUGCUAUUUUAUGGUGAGAAAGAUGGCCUUGGGGACCCUGUGGAUGCACAAGCCCUCAAGGGCCUAGUACAGAAUCUGGUCCACUCUGAGGAAAUGAAGGAAUGGAAUCACUUGGACUUCCUUUAUGGAGUUGAUGCUUCCAAACUUCUUUACCCAAGAAUAGUUGAUUUGCUAAAGGCUUCAUUGUAAAAUUAUAUCAGCUUUCUCAGGCAUUGAUAUAAUCUGAUAUCAGUUGAAACACAAAAUAUGUGACAAGUGGUUUUGUAGACUAUGAAACCCUAAGCAAAUGAGAUCAUCAUAAAAUCUGUUUUAAUCAAAGUGAAUUUCAAUCCAUCUUAGAACAAAAACAGCAAAUUAUCAAAUAGUACAGGAGAAGUUGUAUUUUCUGAGAUGAUAUGUGUUUUGAGUAUUCAAAACAAAAACUUUCACUUCCCAAAGCCCUUAAGAUUAUUGUCAACUUGGACACUUUGGAAACCUGUUUUAAGCACAGAGCUGUAGCAGGCCUAGAAAUAUAACUGGGGCACAAUACAUUAAGAAAAUAUUGGGGGUAUAGCCACACCCCUACUGGUCAUUUCCUGAUAAUUUAAAAAUAUAUAUUGUAAGGGUGGUUAAUGCAUAUACUCUGGUUUACAAAUGUGAUGUUUCGGGUGUUUUGAUUGAAUCAAACAAUCAUACAAGCCAGCAUCUUAGACAUUUGUUGACUUUUCCAGUAAUUAAAAUAUUGAAUUUCCAUUUAGCUAACCUCUAUCAAAUGAUUUACUUGUGGGGUUUCAUGGAAGUUUGUUUAAUAGUUGUACUGCUUUAGGUCUAUUAUUUUACUUAAUUUUGUAUAUGUUACAAUAAAAAGUAAUAAUAAAUGUGUACAUCUA